AGACAGAAGCUCAGAAAGAGAGAGAGAUAGAGAGAGGCUACAGAAAGCUGUGAAAGAGAGAAAGAGAGAGAGGAUAUAGAGGCUGUGAAAAAGAGAGAGAGAGAGAGAGGAUACAGAAGCUCUGAAAGAGAAAGAGAGAGGGGGAGGUAAGAGGUAAGCUGUAAGAGCGCGAAAGAGAGAGAGGGGGUCAGAGAGAGAGAGCGUGAGACAGAGAGAGAGAGAGAGAGUCCUGCUGAAGUCUGAAGUGAUUCUCUCUCUCGCGCGCGGGCGCGUGCCUGUAUUCAGUGCUGGGUGGACUGGGCUGCAGUGGUGUUUUUUUUCUUCACAGGCGCUUUUCCUCCUCCGUCAUGAUUCCAAGGUAAAUCGAAUGAUCACUGCAACAAUCCUGUAAGCCUGUUUCCCACCAAGCCUUUCCUGGUCCUCAGUGGAGAAGAGCAGCAGGAAAUACAACAACACAUUUUUGCUUGAGAUAAAAUGGCUGACACCAUGAAAAUGUGCCAACACCUGCUCUUAACCCUCACCCUGCUUCCGCUGGUAUUGUGCAUGCACCCAGAUUGUGUCAUCCAACUAGAGAAAGAAAAGUGCAUGGAGAGGAUGGCCCUGGAUGACCCUGGCAGCGACCCAGAAUAUGUGUGUCGCUGGAUGUGGGAUAAUCUAACAUGCUGGCAGCCGGCAAGAAUAGGUGACGUGAUGUGGAUGCCCUGCCCUGAACUCUUCGAGGUCAUGAGUGAAGAAUUUGAUGAUUUGGGAAAAGUGAGUCGGAACUGCACUGAGGAUGGCUGGUCAGAGAUGUUCCCUCACUAUGUGGAUGUGUGUCCCUUUGAUGAUAAUCGGACCAGUCCAAUGGACAAAUAUUACGUUUCUGUGAAGGCCCUGUACACAGUGGGCUACAGCACCUCACUGGUGUCUCUCACCACCGCCAUGGUCAUCCUCUGCUGGUUCAGGAAGCUGCACUGCACCAGAAACUUCAUCCAUAUGAAUCUGUUUGUGUCUUUUAUCCUGAGGGCAAUCUCUGUCUUCAUCAAAGAUGGAAUCCUGUAUGCAGAGGAGGAUAGCAGCCACUGCUUUAUGCACACUGUGGAGUGUAAGGCGGUGAUGGUGUUUUUUCACUACUGUGUUUUAUCAAAUUAUUUCUGGCUCUUCAUUGAGGGCCUGUAUCUUUUCACGCUGCUGGUGGAAACGUUUUUCCCUGAGAGGAGAUAUUUCUACUGGUAUACCAUCAUCGGCUGGGGAACACCAACUGUGUGUGUGACAAUCUGGGCUGUUCUUCGAGUGCAUUUUGACGACAUUGGAUGUUGGGAUAUAAAUGACAAUGCUGCCAUCUGGUGGGUGAUAAAGGGACCUGUUCUUGCAUCCAUCAUGAUCAACUUUGUCCUCUUUAUUGGCAUCAUUAUAAUUCUUGUUCAGAAGUUGCAGUCUCCAGAUAUAGGAGGAAAUGAGUCCAGCAUUUAUCUGCGCCUGGCCCGCUCCACUCUGCUGCUCAUCCCUCUCUUUGGUAUCCACUACACUGUGUUUGCCUUCACUCCGGAGGACGUCAGUAAGCGAGAGAGGCUCGUGUUUGAACUUGGUUUGGGCUCUUUCCAGGGCUUUGUGGUCGCCGUGCUUUACUGCUUUCUCAAUGGAGAAGUGCAGUCAGAGAUCAAGAGGAAGUGGAGAAGCUGGACAGUGAACCGUUACUUCGCAGUGGACCUGAAGCACAGACACCCGUCCUUGGCCAGCAGCGGCGUCAACGGAGGAACCCAGCUGUCCAUCCUGAGCAAGAGCAGCUCCCAGAUCCGCAUGUCCAGCCUGCAGGCCGAGACCCCGGCCACAUGAACAUCUGACCAGCUGAGCAGAGACGGGUCCUCUCCGCAGACACACGAGCAACUCCUUUAGUCCUAGCGCUAUCAUAGUCCAAUUCCACGUCAAAGUGUUUCCAUCGUCUCUUGUAUGAGCUCGGAUUGUGAGGGGCCAAACCUUGGCUGGACGACUUCCAUCAGACCAGUCUGCACCUGAAGUGCUUUUGAACACAACUGAACCAGAAUCACGUGGAGCUGGAGCGUGCAGAUAUUCCAGCCUCAAAGCACAGAGACAAACACACACACACAAACACAUACACACAUACACAUACACACAAUUACACAGAGAAAUGGCUCAAAUCUGAGAUCCUUUUGGUCCUAUCUGUGGAGCCAAAAGAAGAUCUAAUGUGUAAAGUCAUGCUAAAACACUGAAAAAAAAGAGAUAAAAACGUUUUACAUCACUUACAUACUUUUGUGAUGACCCUGAACACAAAAGCUAUUAAUGAAGACCUGCCAAGAGACUGCCAUCCACAGUGAUGAUCAAUCAAAUGUGAACCAUCCACUCAGCCAUUAGGAAUGCCUGUUUUUCUUGAGGGCUAUAAAAAGGAGCAAAGCAUUGACGUAUCCUUGUAUAUAUUAUCAUCACUUCUCUUUUUAAAAUCACGUCUUAAUCCACCAAUCAUGCAACAACUUCAGAACUUCAGAAAAGAGGGAUAUUUCAGCACUUAAAUGGACUUAAUCUCCCUAAUCUCAAAUACACUGAAGCAUCUAAUACAGACUAAUACAGAACUAGAGGUGGUGAAUUAGAAGGACUUUCGGUCAGUCUUUCACUAUAUGGGCGAAGGACAUGAGUUCAGGUACUUGUGGUACUAUCCUGUAUCGUUCUGCUUAGAAUAAUGUGCAUGAAACUGUAAGAAAGACGACAAAAAAGGAACUUGUUCAGAUCUCUGGUCAGUCACUCAUUCACAUGUGAAUAUCCGUCAUGUCUCAUCUCAGCAGGCAUAUAUAUUAGUGUGUAAAAAUGCAGAAACCCAAUGCCUGAGAGAGAUUUCACACACAAAGUCAAUACAUGCCGCCUACCGAUAUGGUGCGGCUAAGGCGAUGUUUAGGUUUUGUUUGUAAUAAACUUACAAACGAAAGAGCUGUCAAGAACGAUCACGCAACUGACACUGCCCAACAGCUCUGUCUGAUAAGUGUUAGAGAAAAGCACCUUAAAGCUUUCUCUUCAGUCUUAAAAAAAAAAAAAUGAAUUUUGACCAUCAUGUGUUGAACUGUGAAUGUGUGUGAUUGAAGAACACAUUGAAAAGUUGAAAAAUGGAAUCUAUCUUGUUCUCUAAACUACCGGGUUAAAGCUCAAGCUCUCGUAUUGAGGAAAAUAAAGGAGAACAAAUCUACAUAGAGCUCAGAAUCGCAAAUGACGACCAUUACAACAAGUACCUUAAAGUGUAGAGUUGUUUUUUUUGGAUGUGAGUGGAUGCCUGUUGUGGUAUAUUUUUUAGAUGACUGUCUAGUUUUUUAAUCAGCCGUUAGUACAGAAAAUGUCACUAAAGCAAACAACAAGCAAAACACCUCUUAACUCUUAACAUGUUACAAGAUUAACGUUGUUGGUGUUGUUGGCAUGAACUUCAAUUCAGUCUUAAUUUUUUGGUUAUUUUCCUUAGUUCUACAAAGUUGCCAAAUUUGGAGUCAUGUUUGUAUUACUGAAUAUCGUUGGAGGGUUUACAGCUCAAACUAAUUUUAGAUUUUAAGUUUUUUGGUUAUUUUCGUACAUAAGCAAGUAAGAUAUCUUACAGUGUGGAAUUUCUUUUGUGGAAACAUUGUGUUCCUCAUUAUGUUCUUCAUAGAAGUGAACUAUAGUGAGAAUAUUUCAGAAGUGCCAUAUAUACAUAUGUAUCAUUUUUAGUUCGCCUGAUACUUUUGUAAUUAAAAAUUAAUUUUUUCCAUAAUUAUACCCAAACAUGAAGUAUUUUAUUGACAAUUUCCCUGUUUUUGACACAGGACACCUUUAGUACUCCAAAGAUUGAUAUUUGGACAUUUCACUCAAUAAAAAAACUACUAUUGCCAUACUGGAUCAGAGGGAAAGGGGAAUAUUUACAACUGAUGUCAUUUCAAAACACUUAUUUUGUCUUUAAAGUGCCUUUUUGCACAAUAGGAAGAUCAUAUAGACAGAAAAGAAAAUUAAAAAUAAAAGUAAAAUAAACUGCAAAUGCAUGAAAUGAAACCGCAUUGCUCUGUGGAAGUGCUUUGACUGUACUUCACUACAUCAGUGUUUUAAAACCAAGAGGCCUUCAGAGGAUUAAUACUCAUUUUGUUUUAUAGCCUUCAAUUAGAUUUUUGACCUCUUCGGAUUUUUCUUUUGGAAACGUAUAAAAUGAUGUGCAUUAUUUCAGUUGCUUGUAGAUGUCUUUAAUAUGAAUAUAUCCUAAUUAGAUUGCUACAGUUUUGAAUGUUUUAUGUUUGAAGAAUAUCAGGCAUAUUAAUACAGCACGAUUAACUUCGUUAUAAACAUUAAAACAUGCUCCCUUAUUAAUUUCUUCUUUUUUUAUGGCUGUUAACAUUUGAUACCUUUCAUUUGAUAUGACCAGCUUAGACGUUUCAGUUUGUCAAAAGUGUCAAUCAUUUUUUUUUUACAAACAGAAACUGCAAAAUCACAGAAAAUUCAAUAAUAAUAGAAGAUGAGACAAAAAAGAUUGUAUGUUUUGUAUUAUUACUAUUUAUUUCAGUGUAAAUUGCUACUAUAUAUAUAUAAACUAGUCUCGUUUUAGGAUACUUUUUGAUGUUGCAUCUGUUGCAUUAAUUUUUAUUUGAUUAAUUUCCAAGUCAGCUGUACAAAACUGUAGUAAAUGUUUUUAAAUCAGUUAAAUCAGCACAUUACAUAGAAGGCCUCUCCAGUAGACUGUGUUUAAUAUUACUGUUACGUGAACGAUGAUAUUAGUGGUCCAAAAUCAGCAGCAGUAUUUAAUCCUAAUUUUAAUCAGGAUUGGAACUGGAUUCUUUUCUGCAGACUUUGUGGCUUUGCUCAACUGAAUUUUUUUUUUUUUGAGCUUGCAGCAAACGACCUUUGUUAGCCAAAAGCCCUUUUGAAUUGUUUGACUUGGCUAAGUACAAAAAAGAUUUACACAAAAAAUUUCAGUAUUACUAAUAAGAUCUUUCUUAAAACCUGAUUUUUUUUUUUAUUAUUGUGAGACUUGGCUAAGUACAAAAAUAAUUUACACAUAAUUUUCAGUAUUACUGAGAAGAUCUUUCUUAAAACCUGAUUUUUUUUUUUAUUAUUAUUAUUGUGAGACUUGGCUAAGUACAAUAAUAAUUUACGCAUAAUUUUUAGUAUUACUGAGAAGAUCUUUUUUUAAAACCUGAGUUUUCUUUUUUUUUACGUUUCCAUGCAAUUUUGAAUGAAAGCUAGUGAGGAAAAGGAGCUACUGUUCUGACGUUCAGUUCUAUAAAUAAACUGUCUUCUCUUAUUGGCGUUGAUGUCAAAAUAACAGUGUUCAGUUGUUUAAUUGAAACACAGCAAGAACCUGAUUUGCUAGAACUAGAUCUAGUAGUUGAUAGUAUAAAUGUAAACAAGAAGUGUACUGUUGUGGCCCAUGACAUGGUUAUGAAUUGUGCAUUUAUUAAGUGCAAUAUUAUGCUACUGCUGCAGUAUCUGCUAUUUGUUGAACGUGGGUAGUUAUUUGAAUCUUCUCUGUGCUAAAAGUUUUUCUUGGUGGUAGUCUUGUUGAAACUGUACAGCCUGCAGUAGCGCUGCCUAUAACCUUCUUGAAUCUGAUGCAUGCCUGUUCUGUGGUUUGGUGGUUUCCUCUGCAGAUUGAACAUGUGAUUAGUUAUAUUGAUGUUUUGAAAAUCAAACAUGGAAAAACAGUUGAACUACAAAUGGUUCUUAUCCAAAGAACCACCUAAGUGACAUCUUCAUUCAUAUUUAAAAACUGUAGCUGGGUGUAUGUAUCAAUCUACACCCCAAGCAGCAGCUUCAACUCUCCAGACAGCAGCUUACCCUUGAUUUUAAACUUAAAAACCCCUCUUCAGCCGCUCUACACACUGCAGCAGCUCACGGCUCUUAGCUUUCAGCUCGUGUCUGCACCCACCACUGCAGAAUUCACAUGCUGACACUUGCCAGAAUGUUCAUUAAUCAUUCAAUAAGCCCCAAGCACAGGGCUAUCCAUGUUUUACUGAGCUUAAGUCAUACGCAUUAUGAGUAUUAUGAAGCUAUGAAGAUUUCACGUGUAAUUUCAUAUCUCACAGAACAUCACAUCUCAGUGAACGCUCAGUCAGUAUGUCUUACUUAAAACAUCUCUGGUAACUGAAACCCCCAGAGGAACACAACGGUCACAAUAACUUAACCAGUGCCACAUUUUACAGUGACAAAUGCAUAAUGUCUUUUUUCUUUCUUUCUUUUUACAUAUUCAUUAAACAGUUAGCCAAUUACGCAAUUAUUAAAAAAAAAAACAUGCUUUGUGUUUGCUCAUAAUCAUCUGCAUUCUACUUACUAACAUGCUUUCUAGCUUUUCAUUCUUGGACCUCAAAAAAAAAAAAAGCUUGGAAAAGCUGUUGGAUGGCAAUUCUGCAGACAAGCAAUGACUGGACAUGUCACCAUAGGAGAGAAAUCUACAGCUAAUCUUCUUGCUGCUCUUGUGGAAGAAAAUAAAAUCACUUGUUUCCUCUUUAUUUUUUAUCUCGAAAUCAGUUCUGCUGUAAAGUGUCCAUUUGAUUUGAUGUACGUUAGACUUUUUUGUAUAUUACCUUUGAAUUGCAUUAAAUGUCUCUAAAACUAAAAA